AUGGGAGACAAAACAGGCACCAGGGUCUUUAAAAAGUCCAGCCCAAACAGCAAGCUGACAGUAUAUCUUGGGAAGAGGGAUUUUGUCGACCACCUGGACCAUGUAGACCCAGUAGAUGGAGUCGUGCUUGUAGACCCAGAGUACCUCAAAGACCGUAAAGUGUUCGUGAGCCUGACCUGUGCGUUCCGGUACGGCCGCGAGGAUCUGGACGUCCUGGGACUGUCUUUCCGUAAGGUCCUCUUCAGCAGCACAGUCCAGGUGUUCCCGGCCCCCGCCCCGUCCCAGCAGAGCCUCAGCCCCCUGCAGGACAAGCUGCUCAAGAAACUGGGACAACAUGCCAACGUCUUUGACUUCACGAUCCCUCAGAACCUGCCGUGCUCCGUGACGCUGCAGCCAGGCCCGGAGGACACGGGGAAGGCCUGUGGAGUGGACUACGAGCUGCAGGCGUUCUGUGCCAAGACCGCGGACGAGAAGAUCCACCAGCGGAACUCUGUGCACCUCCUGAUCCGGAAGGUGCAGUACGCCCCAGAGACCCCCGGCCCCCAGCCCAUGGUGGAGACCAGCCGCAACUUCCUCAUGUCAGAAAGGUCCAUGCAUCUGGAGGCCUCACUGGACAAAGAGUUAUAUUAUCACGGAGAGCCGAUAAACAUCAAUGUCCACGUCACCAACAACUCAACCAAAACAGUCAAGAAGAUUAAAGUCUCUGUUCGACAGUUUGCCGACAUCUGUCUCUUCUCCACGGCGCAGUACAUGUGUCCUGUGGCCACGGUGGAAGCAGAGGACCAGGUGAGUCCCAGCUCCACCCUGUGUAAGAUCUACACCCUGACUCCAGUGUUGGGGCCAAACAGAGAGAAGAGAGGCCUUGCUCUGGACGGAAAACUCAAACACGAAGACACCAACCUGGCCUCCAGCACAAUAUUGAAGGAGGCGUCGGAUAAGGAGACUAUGGGAAUCCUAGUGUCCUACAAAGUCCGCGUCAAAGCCGUGGUGUCCCUGGGAGCGGACGUGGCAGUGGAGCUUCCGUUUGUUCUGAUGCAUCCCAAGCCCAAAGAAGAGAAGGACACUCCUCCACAGCCCGAGACGGGCCUCCUCGUGGAUACAAACCUGAUCGAGCUGGAGACUAACAGCACAACGUCUCAGGUGGACGACUUGGUGUUUGAAGACUUUGCUCGUCUGCAGCUCAGUGAUAUGAACCACAAAGAAGAGGACCCGUUCUGUUAG